AUGACUGAUGAUGAAGUCGGAAAGCCAUCUGCUGCUGCUACUGCUGCUCCCGCAACUGCAAUCCAAUUCUCGGAUGCUCAACAACACAUUAUGAGAUCCGAUGGUGAAUCUUCUGCUGAUCUGAAAAGACGUUUGAAACGCACUCCUUCUUCAGCAAGCCAUGCCAUCAUUGCAUAUAGAACUUUGUCUAUCACUGUUUCGGAACAUCAGGCCAAGAAAGCCAAUCCCACAAAGAAAUCAAAAAAGAAUUUGGCAGAAGAUCUAUCAAAUGCUUCCUAUCACAAAAUCCCCUUGUUGGAGUUGACGCAGCAAUACAGAACCAACAUUGAGCAAGGUCUGGAUACAGCACAAGCAGUGAGUCGUGUUGCGGAAUACGGUAAAAAUGCCAUCUCUCCUCCUCCCAGUAACUGGCUCAGGAAGUUCUUCAGUUAUUUCUUUGGCGGUUUCUGUAGUUUGCUCUGGUUUGCUAGUAUCAUUUGUUAUAUUUCCUGGAAGCCCUUGGGUGAGCCCAAUCCCUCUCCUCUUAAUUUGGCUCUGGCUGUUAUCCUCAUGUUUGUCAUCUUUUUGCAAGCCUUCUUUAAUGCUUGGCAAGACUGGUCUACGAGUCGUGUCAUGAACUCUAUCAACAACAUGUUACCUACACAGACCUUGGUGAUGCGUGAUGGCCAAAUUAUCACUAUUGAUGCCAGCCAUCUGGUUCCUGGUGAUGUGGUUCACGUCAAGAUGGGUAACAAAAUUCCUGCUGAUCUACGUUUGGUGCAAGUGUCGGAUGAUCUCAAGUUUGAUCGCUCUGUCUUGACGGGUGAGUCGGAUGCUAUUCCUGGUACUGUGGAUGCUACAGACGAUAAUGUGUUAGAAAGCCAUAAUGUAGCCAUGAUGGGUACUCACUGUUUGAAUGGAUCGGCGGUUGGCGUGGUUGUCUCUAUUGGUGAUAACACAUUAAUGGGUAAAAUCGCUCGCCUGUCUCUUUCUGAUCCCAAUACUCGCACCACGCUUCAAGUUGAGAUUUUGCGAUUUGUUGUUAUCAUUGCUGUGUUGUCUAUCUCUGUGGGUGUCAUCUGUAUCGUCACCUGGGCAGCUUGGUUGAGAAGAGAUUAUCCUGACUUUCUCAGUCUGUCGAACGCUUUGAUUGCUGUCAUCAGUGUCAUUGUUGCUUUUGUACCUGAGGGUAUGCCUAUUGCUGUCACUCUGUGCCUUACUCUGAUCGCUCAUCGUAUGCAAAAGAACAAUGUGCUGUGUAAAGUAUUGACUACUGUGGAGACAUUGGGUAGUGUCAACGUACUGUGUUCUGAUAAAACCGGCACUUUGACUGAAAACAAGAUGUUUGUCUCUGAUGCGAGCAUCGGCACUGAAGGCUAUACUUCUACUACAUGUAAAGAGGUCUACUCCUCCAACACCAAGGCCACGGGUGAUAUGAUCCCUCAAAUAAGACAGAUCCAAUUGACUUCAGCUCUUUGUAACGGUGCAAGCUUCGACGCGGCCACUUCCCACUUGGAAAUCUCGAAACGUACUGUAUUCGGUGAUGCUACUGAUUGUGCCAUACUGCGUUUCGCUGAAAGCUUGGAUCCUUCCAAGGCCACAGUAGAGUCCAUUCGCUCUGAUAACGAAAAAAUCUUUGAAAUCCCCUUCAACUCCAAGAACAAGUGGAUGAUGUCCAUCUCUCGCCCUCUCAAAAAGUCCAUGGCUGAGGCUCUCUCCACUGGUUCUACUCUGGUUUCUCAAGACGAUUGGGUUCUGUUCUGCAAAGGCGCUCCUGAUGUGAUCCUGGGUAAAUGCUCUGGUAUCUUGCUUGCUGACGGCACAGAGGAGGCCUUGACUGAUAAGCGUAUUGAACUCUUGUUGAAUUUGCAAACCAAAUGGGCCAACGAAGGCAAGCGUGUAUUGCUGCUGACUCGUCGUAUUAUCAAACCCCAAGAGACACCCGAGAACACUGUAGCCGGAACUUCAAGCUUUGCUUCAUGGGCUGCUAGUAUGAACACAUCGCUUGUCAUUAUCGGCAUGAUUGCCAUUGUAGACCCUCCUCGCCCUGAAAGCACCGAAACUGUUGGUAUCUGUAGAAAGGCCGGCAUCCGUUUCUUCAUGGUCACUGGUGAUUUCCCUAUUACUGCUGCUGCUAUUGCUCGUGAGAUUGGUAUCUUUACUACUGAGCAUCCCCACACAGUACACGAUUUGGAUCCCACCAAGAAUAUCAGCGAUGUUGUCAAAUACGUCCCCAAAAAGUUCAAUGUUGCUGCUCCUGCCACUGAUCUUGAGAAAUACGGCAAUUCUGACUCUAACAGCACCAUCAACCACAAGGGCUUGUCAGAUGUAGUGGAGAAUGGCGUCAGCAAAUCACUUGUAUUGUCUGGGAACGACAUGAUUACACUCAACGAUGCUCAAUGGGAACAAGUGUGCCAAUACGAAGAGAUUGUUUUUGCUCGUACGUCGCCUGACCAAAAGUUGCGCAUCAUCAAGGAAUUCCAAAAACGAGAAAAUGUAGUUGCCAUGACCGGUGAUGGUGUCAAUGACGCUCCUUCUCUGAAGGCUGCCAAUGUUGGUGUUGCCAUGGGUGGUGGCUCUGAUGUUGCUAUUGAAGCUGCUGAUAUGAUUCUGCUUGACAAGUUCUCUAGUAUCGUAGCAGCCAUUGAAAAUGGUCGUUUGGUCUUUGAUAACCUCAAAAAGGUCAUUGUUUAUUUGCUGCCUGCUGGUUCCUGGUCAGAAUUAUGGCCUGUGCUUGUCAACAUCUUCCUGGGUUGUCCUCAAACCAUGUCUUCUUUCCAGAUGAUUGUUAUCUGUGUAUUUACUGAUUUGUGUCCCUCUAUGGCUAUUAUGAUGGAGAAGCCUGAAGCUGGUUUGUUGGAUCGUCCUCCUCGCCGUCCUAAGAGCGAUCGUUUGGUCAAUGGCAAACUCUUGCUCCAUGCUUAUGGUUUUAUUGGUUUGAUGGAAAUGCUCUCCUCUAUGUUCCUCUUCUUCCUCUACUUGGGAAUGAACGGUCUUGGUCCUAGCAAGGUUUUCCUGUCAUUCUCUGACUUGACCAACCCAAACGGUUACAUGGGCUUCACUGCUGCUGAGAUCACCGACAUGGUCAACACUGCUCAAUCUAUUUAUUUUGUGAAUCUAGUCAUCUGUCAAUGGGGCAAUGUCCUCGCUACCAGAACUAGACGUCUCUCUAUUGCUCAAGCCAAUCCAUUGUGGGGCCCUAAUCAAAACUUGUAUCUAUUCGCUGCCAUGGUUGGCUCUCUUGCUAUUGCACUUAUUGUUCUGUAUGUCCCCGUCUUUAACGUUUAUUUGGGCACUGCUCCCAUCCCCACCAAGUUUUGGUUCAUUCCAUUUGGAUGGGCUGCUUUCAUUAUUGCAAUGGACGAAGGCAGAAAAUUCUUUGCCCGCAAGUUCCCCAAUAGCCUCUUUGGAAAGUUGGCUUGGUAG